AGACGGGAGACACCGACGAAGGACUAAACCAGGGGUCUUCAAACUUGGCUCUUUUAUGACUUGUGGACUUCAGCUCCCAGAACUCCUCAGUCAGCGUGCCUGACUGAGUUUGAAGACCCCUGGACUAAACUAAAAGAAAAGCGUGAGCGCCUGCUUCGCCUGCCCGUUUGAAUGACGGCGCCUGCCUACAUCCGUUGCCCCACGAAGCAAUGGCGUAUUUCCCUUCCAGUCCGCCCGUGACGUCACUGGCCUGUUAGAUCACCUGAUUCGUUGUUCAACAUGGCUGCGGCCAUCACGCUGGAUGGCAUCGAGAAGGAGAGGUUGCGCAGAAAAUAGUAAAACUAUUUUGUUCCUCCAGCAGGAAAAUGUAUCCAUUUGGUAAGGAGGAAGCAGCAUCCCUUGAACGACUCUUCUGGUUCUUCUCUGAAUGUGUGCAAAGGGGAGACUGGGAACUUGCACGGGCCUGUGUCCCUCAGUUACAGCAGUUGCAGGAUGAUGGUUCUGAAAAGGUCGAAAAAAUCCUUCAUGCCCUAAUAAUCUGCCCUUCUCACUUGAGGAGUGAAUCAAAGCACAGUCCUCAAAAACUUGCUUGGUUUUGGCUCCUUGUAUUGCAGGAAUGGCUAUCACACAAACAGAAAACUGUCCCAGUAGCUCUCCAAAGAGAAACUGAAUUCUUGCUUCUCCUAGAAGAACUGGAAAAGGAUGUCCCAUUUGUUGUUCUAAAGGAACUUUAUGAAGCAUUUGAAGACAACCAUUUGUUGCAUAGGAAACAAAGAGAUGGAUCAGUACAGAAAUUUGGUGUGGAGGUGAUGUCUGCUCUUCAAAAAAUGCUCUUGCAGGCUCCCCGGAAAUUGCAAGCCAUAUUGGAACUUCUUCAGCGUGAUCCUGUGGAAUGUAGUUCUUCAGUAAUACAAAGUGGCUUGCCACAGAAUGUUUUCGUUGGCUUUCUUUGGGAUUCACUCAGAUGUUUGAAGCGUCUUCAGCUAAAUCCAGAAUUACUGGAGAGAGAGGGGAAUAAAGUUGCCGAUGAAAUCUAUAACUCCCUGAGUAUGUUGAAUUUGAAGGGGGACAAUCAAACGAGAGAGCUGAGGCUCCUCUGCAGAGAACUUCUGGAUGCCUGUUGGGUUGAGAAGAGUCCUCUUAGAGAGGAGAGGCUACUCAGCUGCAUGUUACGAAAAGACAGCCAUGCCUUGCUUAGUCUCUUUGGCAGUGUAUUUAUUGAGAAGAUGAAAGAGAAACUGUUGAGUCAAAAGUCACCAGGCAAAGGUACACCUGAACAUCCGGAGGCUGAACGGGCAGUGAUGGCCUUGUUCUUGGAUCAUGAGCAGGCUUGUUCUUGGAAAGCUGCUUAUUUCUACUAUCUUAGCAGCCACAAGCACUUUUUGGAACAAAUUCUGAUUACAGCAUUAACUUUACUGAAAAGGGAAGACUUCUCAAGCCUCAGCAGAUUACUGAGACAGGAAUUCAGCUACCUCAGUCGCCUCCUGAUAUUGCUUGGUUGGACUCAGUGUGGCAGCUUAGAAUCGGCAAAGAUGCUGCUGCAGACCCUACACAAAUCUCAGGGUUUCUACAGUGACUCUGUAUUAAAAGACUUCUGUGAUGGGUUGUGUGCCCAGGUGGAGGUUCUUGAGUGGUGCAUACAGCAGAAUAGUAACUGCAUCCCGGAGAAGGUUCUUCUGCAGCACCUUCAUAGUUUGGAGUGCCAUUCUUCCCUUUACCUUCUGUACCAACUUACAGACCUCUUGGCCUUGAAUGAGGAAGCAGUAAUUGAGCUUUUCCAGAAAACUCCAGCCAAGUACGGAGAAGUUCAAGAUUCAGCAGUGAUGCCAGAUGUUCGCCUUUUGAGUCAACAGCACAAUCUUACUCUUUACCAGGCAUUUUGUGCCAUGAAGUAUGCCACCUAUGCAUUGUGUGUCAAAGCACAUAGAGGCUCAAAUUGCAGACACUGUGCAAACUACUUUGUCACUGAACUCCCUAACGAACCUCUGGAGCAGAAUGAAUUUCCCAGUCAACCUCUCUAUCCAGAAACAGAUUAUGCAAGUCUCUUUCCUCACUAUCUCUCCAAGUGUCAGAAUUAUUUAAGAAGCAUACCUACUCCUCUAAGGUUGGAACUCCUGGAAAAUAUAUUCUCUUUGCUCUUUGUUUCUUCGCAUGAUCUCUACGGUGAUAGUCUACAAGAAGAUAAUGCAGAAGAUGCUGGCUUCAGGAAAAAAAGCCAUUUGGGCAAGAGAGCAGAGCGUUGUACUAGCCAAGAUUCAUCCACCUCACCAAGUCCUCAGCACACUGUCAGUCCUGAAAGGAGAGCCCACGUGCCCACUUGCUCUGCACACCAGGAGUACAAAGGAAGCCAAACAUUGCUCAAUUUGGAAUCAAAAAGCAGAAAUUGUGAUUCCUUUGGGCUGAGCUAUUUGGAUUUGAAACACUUCACUAGUAAUAUCUCUGGAUUUCUGGUAGAUGAGGAAGCGUUGGAAAUAUUUCUCAAAAUGCUCAUGGAGCAUCUGAAAGAAAUUGAGGAUUCUUUUGUGUGGGAUUCAAGAUACGUCCCUACGUUGGAACUGGCUCUGCUAGAUAGCUUGAAUUUAUCUAUAAAUAGGGAGAACUUUAACAUCCGUGUGCAGCAGUUCUCCAAGUAUCUUUCUGAAGCUCAAUGGCGGCACAGAAUAGUGCUCAACAACAAAAACACAGGUAGUCAUCGUGGUCCAACUAGAAUAAACUAUAAUUUAACCAAAGCAUCCUUCUUGAAAAAGCAUACUCGGUCUCAAAGACAAAAGCCAGAAUACAAAAGAACCUCAGACCCAUCCCUGGAGAGCUCCAGCAGUGAAUUAAGUAUCACCAGCACAUCAGAAGGCAGUGCUGGUGCCUCUUCUGACUGUAGCGAUGCAGAAUAUUGGAUAAAGCCUUCAGAGAAUUCCCUCAUCCCAGCCAUGCUUUCCCCACCAGAAUCUCUUCUUGUUGCAUGCAUCUUGAGAGGAAAUUACAUCGAAGCUCAUCAGGUUGCUGUUAUGUUUGAUUUGGAAACUUCUGCUUCCUACGGUGAGCUAAUUUUCCUGGAGCGUUACCAAGAAGUGAUUGGGGAGCUAGCAAAAGUGGAACACAAGAUUGAACAUCAAUCAUCGGAGGGAUCCGGAAACUUAAAACAGACUGGCAGUGGCCGUUCAACUCUGCAGGCUAUUGGAAAUGCAGCAGCUGCUGGGAUGGUGUUUUACUCCAUUUCGGAUGUUACGGAUAAGCUGCUUGCCUCUUCAGAAAGCCUUGCACCUGUGCUCCAAGAGAACUUCUGGACUAGCAGCGUCCAGUUGGAAUGUACUGACCCUUUGAAUAAUAUUCUGGAAGACCUUUGUCCUUCUGCUAUGGCCAUAUUCGAUUUGGCAACUACUCAGUGCAAUUUAUGGAAAACCUGCAAGCAGCUCUUAGAAACAGCAGAGAGAAAAUUGCAGAAUAGCCUUGAAAUCAAAGGCAGAAGACUUGAUUCCGAUCACCAGAAUCCUGAUGGCUUGAAAGGUUUCCCAGCAGUUCUCCAACAAAUAAGUAAAAUUAUCAAUACACCACUAGGACAGCCCAAAUCAGAAAUUUCUGAUGAGAAAAUAAGUUGUCAUUUCCACUGCAGCAUUGUGGAUUUGCUGCAGACCUGUUACCCAGAUCUCACUGCAGACUGUAUUACUAAUCAGCUUGUUUUGUCACAGCAUUUGGAUGAAAUCCUGCAAAAUCUGGCACAUGUAGAAGAUUUCCCAGACUCCAAAGGAAGCGUGCUUGCUUCUUUGGUAGAACAAGCUUUUCUGAAACCAGCAGAAUUAGAGGCACAUCCAGUUUGCGGUCAGAUCAAACAUCUCCUAAAAAUCUUGGACCAAUACGCUGUGACCAUGCAGGAGGGCUAUAGGCAGACUGCCUAUUUACAAACAUUUUUUGAUUAUAUUAACAAGCUGGCUGCCAUUAUCUUUCGAAGCCUCACGCCAGAAAUAGAUCAGUCUGCAGAUAUACAAGUUGGAAAUCCAUUUAUUUUGCUCCAACAAAGUCCAUCUCAUUUGCUAUCCCAGCUUCUAUUUGAGAAACAGAUUGCCCCUGACAGGUUGUCUUCGCUGCUAGCUAAAGAAGAACUGAACUUAAAUGUGCAGCAAGUGAUCAUCAAGUGUUGCUGUAAGGCAUUGCCUCUCUACACCAACAUGCAAAGCAACCAGACUAGAUCCCUUUUGACAAACAUCAGCAGCCUAGCGCAUUUGUACGCAUAUCAUUGUCUGCCAGAUAUUGAGGUUCCAGUGCGUAAUCCAGCCAUGGAGUCUGAGAACACUUCCAAUAAUCCCAUCUCUUCACUCUCUGAUCUUAAUCAGCAUUCACUCACCGCGUCCACCCUCAAUUUUCUAAAAUCUCAAUCAAAACUCUUAGCUACGAUGGCUUGUCUUACUGCCUUAAAAGUGCAAAAGCCACUCAAACAGAGCUUAUCGUGGAUUGAGUUCCGAGGAAAAAGGGAAGCGCCCUUGUCUAUGGACCAGAUUUCCAAAGAAUGUGAAAUGUUGUUAAAGGAGUUCCCCUUUCUAGAAAGUUUUCUUCUUGCUAUGUGCGAGCCUCUACAGGAGCCUCAGGAUAAAGGAAUCGGAUUGGCUAGUGAGCUUUGUGGCAAGUCUUACAUCUCAUUGCUUUUCCUGGGAUUGCACUCCUCCCUAGCUAUUGAAGUGUUAAUGGAGACCUUUGAACAAGCUCUCACAGCAAGGGAUUGGCCCAGGGCCCUCAAAAUCUUGGAUUUCUACAGCCAGGAUAUGCAGGAGCUAGUCACCGUUCGGGAUGCUGUAUUGAGCUGUGCCACAGCUGAGGAUGAGGAUGGGUGGCAAUACCUGUUUCCAGUGAGAGAUGCCAUGCUGAGGAGCAGACUGGCCCUUCGGUGUCUAGAUAGAUGGCCUCUGGAGGCUUGUCUGGAAAUAUUAGCUUAUUGUGCCUGUGACCCCGAAGUAAUUGAAGAUCUCAAAUUUGACCUGCAGGGCAAGAUCAAAGAGCUUCAAGUUUAUCAAAAGAUUCUUAGACUACAGACUGUCCCCAUCUGGCAUGACUGGCAAGAUCUGAAGAGGACCUGUACAGAAGAUCCCCAGGCCAUUGUGGCAAUGAUUUUAGAAGCAAAGGAUUAUGAACUAUGUGAAGAAUUGGGCCGCUUAUAUUCUAUCCCAAGGGAUCAUUUGAUCAGCCUUCACCAGGAGCACCUCCUUCAUUUGUUGGAAAUGGGAGAUAUGGAAAAAGCUCUCCAGCUGUUGCAAAGGAUAGAUGAUCCAGACAUUCAGUUUGUCAUAAGUGAACGGUGUCUUGAUACAUAUCCUAGCUUAGCAGCUUCUCAUUUUCUUGCGGAUUAUCUCACAACAUACUUCAACCAGCACCUGACAGUUAUGCGCCAGAAUGAAAUUCAAGCUCUUUACGUGGGAUCCAAGGUAUUGCUGACUCUUCCUGAGCCUUCCCGAUCUAACUAUUCCCACCUCUCCUGCAAGCCCCUGCUCAUGCUGGAACAGCUAUUGAUGAACAUGAAAGUGGAUUGGGCAGCUGUGGCUGUGCAGAUGUUGCACCAGCUCUUGGUUGGUCAGAAGAUAGGCUUCAGCACAGAAGACAUCGACGCAUUGCUCUCCAACUAUGCUGGAAAAGCUCUUGAUUUUCCAUUUUCUCUAAAAGAGAAGAGAUCAGAUUCUCUUAUUCUGAUUCGAGAGAGCUUGAGUCGGGGAUCUGAAUCUGAUACCUUAUCUAAGUCAGAGUCAACAGAGCAUUUUCCAGCUAGUUCUCCUGAUACAGCACAUGCUUCCAACCCAAGAGAGAAAAGUCUCCAGCAAGCUGCCUCUGUGCAGGACUUUGUACCACCAGAGAAGCCCCCACCAAAACAGCAGUGGAUCCCAGAUGACACUGAAGUCACAUGCAUGGUUUGCAAAACAGAACGCUUUACAAUGUUUAAUAGGAGGCAUCACUGCAGACGUUGUGGGCGACUAGUGUGCAGUUCCUGUUCUACCAAGAGAAUGGUUGUGGAAUCUUGUAACGAAAACUCAGCUCGUGUGUGUGAUCAGUGCUACAGUUAUUUCAACAAGGAUUAUUCAACAACUACAUCCCAUGACUCAGAAAUUUCCAAUGAAGAGGAUCAGAAUCAAGAAGCAGUUGUAUCUUCUGAUAAUGAAUGCCCAGAUUACUCUGCAGUGGUACAAAUACCAAAGCCAACAGAAUUUGAAUGGCAGCUUUCUUUGAUGGAAGAAGACAAUAAAAUGGUGCGCAGUGAAUUCUUUUAUGAACAGGCUCCUAGUGCAUCCUUGUGUAUUGCCAUCUUCAAACUGCAUUCUGACAGCAUUGCCUGUGGUCAACAGUUGAUAGACUAUUGCUGCAAAUUGUCUCGAAGCCUGGCAAACCCUGAAGUGGAUGCUGGUCUUCUCAUAGAUAUCAUGAAACAGUUGCUUUUCAGUGCCAAAAUGAUGUUUGUAACAGCUGGGAGGAGCCAGGAGUUAGCUCUUUGUGAUAGUUACCUCAGCAAGGUGGAUGUGUUGAACAUUUUAGUAGCUGCUGCUUAUCGUCAUGUUCCAUCCCUGGAUCAGAUAUUAGAGCCUGCAGCAGUUAGUAGGCUAAGAAAUCAACUUUUGCAAGCAGAAUACUAUCAGCUGUCUGUAGAGGUUUCUACCAAGACUGGCCUGGACCCAGGUGGAGCAUGGCAUGCGUGGGGCAUGGCUUGCCUUAAAGCUGGAAAUCUGACUGCUGCCAGAGAAAAGUUCAGUCGAUGCUUAAAAUCACCUCUUGACUUGAAUCAGCUCAGUCUGGGUUCCCAUCUGAUCCAGGAAGUACUUCAGUAUUUAGAAACCACAGUGAAACCCGUUCUUUCAGUGCAGGAUGAUGACUAUUUGGCCACUCUGAGGGAACUGGAAGCAACGCUGAGGACACGAAGCCUCUCUCUAGAGAUGACGCCAGAGGGGAAGAUGCAACACAACAGCUAUUAUCAAGAAUGCCUUUUCUAUUUGCACAAUUAUGGCACCAAUCUAGCAAUCAUUAGUUUUUAUAUGAGGCAUGAUUGUAUGCGGGAAGCUCUGCUGCAUUUGUUAAAUAAGGAAAGUCCACCAGAUGUAUUCAUUGAAGGCAUCUUUAUCCCAAGUUAUAAAAGUGGAAAACUUCACAUGUUGGAGAACUUGCUGGAAACCAUAGAUCCAGGACUAGAGAGCUGGGGUGUCUAUCUUAUUGCAGCCUGCAAACACUUGCAGAAAAAGAAUUAUUACCAUAUCUUGUAUGAAGUGCAGCAGUUUAUGAAGGAUCAAGUUCGUGCUGCUAUGACCUGCAUUAGAUUUUUCACGGACAAGGCAAAGUCUUAUACUGAGUUGAAAGAAAGGCAAAAAUGGCUCUUAAAGGUCAAAGACCAUCUUAAAGUUUACCUUCAAGAAGUUUCUAGGAGUUCAGGAAGAAAAAAAUUUGCAUGCUCUUUUCGCAAGAAAAUGUCUGCUCCUGAUGUAUCAAGGCACAUCAGUACAGUUGAGCUCCAGAUGGAAGUAACAAAAUUCCUCCAUCGUUGUGAAAAGUCAGGAUCUUUAUCUAUAGGUGAUUUACCUGUGCCUACCCUGUUUGGAAACAAUCAAAUGAAGAUUGAGGUUGCUUGCAAGGUCAUGUUGGAAGGCAAAAACAUUGAAGAGGGAUUUGGGAUUGCAUUUAGAAUACUGCAGGACUUCCAGCUGGAUGUUGCUGCUAUAUACAAUAAAGUAGCUAGGCAGCUGGUGAAGCAGCAGAGCUACAGCGAGAUCAGGCAGCUCAUUAAAUGUAUCAAGGAGUCUGGUGCUGCAGAUAAAAAUGAUGGGGACAAUGUCAUCCUCAGUUGCUUGGAUGAGUUUGAUUCUAUCCCUGCAGAGGAGUUGGAUAAUUUGAUCCAGGAUAUGGACAGUGAUGAAAACAAAAUUCAGGCAUACUUGAAAUGCCAUAAACUACGUUCUGCCUAUCUUAUCUCAGUAAAACAAGAAAACAUAAGAGCUGUGCAGCUGGUUCAACACAUACGGCAAAUGGCAGAGGAUGGUGGGGAUGAUGUAGUGCAGGCCAUCUGCACCCAGUGGCUUUUGGUACAUCACACUAAGCCGAGAAGCUGGCUUACCCAAAAUUCCAAGAAAUGAUUCCCAGAAAUUUGUUGGGAUGUUUGUUUCUAGAAAGGGAAAAUGUUACAUUGUGCUAGAGUCAGUUAUGGCUGCAAACUGGAAAGAAGCUGCUUGAAUGCCUUUAU